AGGUAACAGUUACGGUUUUUUUUCAUAAGGCGCAAAUAAAUACAAUACAAAAUGUAAACAAUGGCUACGGAAGCUAAAAAUAAUAGAAUUUACGUAAAUGUUGAAUUAUUUAAAGGUGAUUUUUGUGCUAGAUUGUCUCCAGAUCUACUUCAGCAAAGAGAAAUUUAUACUCAAACAGAUGAUGAAUCGUCAUCUGAGUGUAGUGCACAUAGUGCUGAUACAAUUUUGCAAGAAAGUCAAAACAAUCUUGAUGGAGAUGAAUUACUACUUGGAAACGAAAAAAUUGAUAAAGUGAAUUCUUUGUCUCUCCAUGUGCUAUCCUCUGAAGAAGAUAAUCAUGAAUCAUCAAAGGUGCUUUUUGCUUCAAAAAACAAUCCUUCUACAGUCAGAGAGUAUAGUCCUCUUCUUGUCAACCAUAAUUCUAAUCCAGUAAACGAUUCUUUUUCUUCUAUAGAAGAAAAUUCAUGUACAUUUACAGACCAUCCUAGUACUUCUAAGAAUAAAUCUACUUCUAAAGACUGUUCUCCGACGCCAGUUAAAAAUUCUCGAACUUUGAGAAGUAAAACUUCUAAGGAUCGGUCUUUGACGCCUGUCAAAAAUCCCACUACUUCUAUAAAGAAGUGUUCUAGUCGAAACUCUAUAAUUUCAUCAUCAGAAGAAGUAAUUCCACCAUCACCAAUUCACUCAAUAAUUAGUAGUGAUUCUACAAUUUCUAUGAAGUCAACUAAACAAAAAUCAAAAAAAAAUAGGAGAAAAAUUAUUGAUCUUAAUAAUGAUGAUUCCACCGAUCAUUUAUCUGAUAAUGAAUCAGUAAAUAAGCAACGAACUGUUCAACGUCCUACAAAAAAGAAUAAAUCUUCUACAACAAAAAAAACAAAUUCAAAAAAGCCUCAACCUAAAGGUAAAAAGAAAAUUGUUAUGAAUAAAGUUGUUUAUCCAUCUUCAUAUCCAACUUCUGCAGAAGAAAGUUUAUCGGAUGAUUCAUUGAUUAUGAGUAGUAAAACUACGCGAAAACCUGUAAGUAGUAAAUUACUGGUAGAUAAAAAAACACAAAACAAAAAUUUAGAUAUUAUUUCUCUAUCUGAAGACGAUUCGUAAAUAAUAGAAGGAAUAGAUUUAUUGAAACCUUAUUAUAAUAAAAAACAAAUUAUAAGUAUUAAAAACUAAGAUUAAGUGUAAAAUCAAUCAAAAUCUAUAAAAUAA